AUGUGUGAGUCUGGAGUUUGCUGGAGGUUCUCACAGUCUGCAGCCAAUGGGAGCGUUUGGGCCGCCACAUGGCUGCUGAAGCCCUUAUUGCUCCGACACAAUAAGCGCAUCUCUGGGGAGCAGGUGGAGGCACUGGCACUUACAAUCACUGGAUCAAUCAUCAGCAGAGAACAACUUCCACUCUCAAACAAGCUGAGAAAGCCAAUAGUGGAGAAGAUCCGCAGAGAACGAAUCAACAGCAGCAUUGAGAAGCUCAAGUCUCUUCUGGAUCAAGAGUUCCUAAAGCAACAGCACGACUCCAGACAGGAGAAAGCUGAAAUCCUGGAGACGACGCUUGAUUUCUUGAGACACCAGCAGCGCUCCCAGAAUCCCUCGGCCUGCAGCUCUACUGCAGCUCGUGACGGACGCUCCAGAUGUGUGCAGGAGGCCGUCAACCUCCUGUCUCAGUGUCCAGUGCAGACUGAGUCCCACAGAAGUCUGCUGAAGCACUUCCUGCACAUGCAGCCCUACACAGAUAACAACACACGUGUGCCGCCUCAGCUCAAUUCACCAGCCGCACAGAGCAGCAGCAAAGAGCAAACUCUGGAGCUCUGGAGACCCUGGUAG